AUGAAGCAACAUGGAAAAAAGAAAAAAGCUGAAAGUACUGGAAAAACAUUAGCCUACUUGUUACCAAUACUUGAACGUUUGUUAUACCUAUCAUCAAACAGUCCAGCAGUAACAAGAGUAUUAAUAUUAGUACCAACACGUAAACUUGUUGGUGGUCUUGAUUUACAAGUUCAAGAAGCAAUGCUACUUGAAAAUCUAGAUAUUGUUAUUGCAACACCUGGUAGAUUGAUUGGUCAUAUUAAAGAACGUGAGGGUGAUCGUGAGGCAGUUUUAGCAGCAUCAAUAUGUCGUACAUUUCAUGAUCAUACAUAUUACUUGGUUUAUUGA